AUGGUCCUGAGUGGUCAAGCCAAGAAGAUGAGCCUUUCGAUUGACCAGGAGACCUUCAGUCCCAACGCCGCCCGGCCUGCGCCUGCGCCGACUCCCGCUGCCCGCCGACGGCAGCUUUCCACGCCCGGGGCGCCAGAGUGGCCCACCGACGCCAGGUCCCGGACGCUGUCGCCACUUCGAGCCGCCUCAGGAGCCCCGGCCCGGCCCGCCACAGGGCUGGACACAUUGGAGAAGGGGCGCCGCAUGGACGCACCGGCUUGCUCUGCGGCCGUGCGCGCCUUCCUGGAGCGCGGCCACACGGAGCUGGACACGGCCUUCAUGUACAGCGACGGCCAGUCCGAGGGCAUCCUGGGCGGCCUGGGCCUCGGGCUGGGCGACGGCGACUGCAGAGGUAACUUCUACCUCGCCUGCACCUGCGGCGCCAGGCCGCCCCCAGCCGUGCCCUGUGCGGGCCUGAUCUGCCAGAACCCUGCCCAUACUGUUCUGGCAUUCCCUGGCACAGCCCCGGAUCAGUCCUCAGAACGGGGCAGGUUUGUGGAGCUUGGCCUCUCCAACUAUGCCUCCUGGGCGGUGGCCGAGAUCUGUGCCCUCUGCAAGAGCAACGGCUGGAUCCUGCCCACCGUGUACCAGGGCAUGUACAAUGCCACCACCCGGCAGGGGGAAACGGAGCUCCUCCCCUGCCUCAGGCACUUUGGAUUGAGGUUCUACGCCUACAACCCUCUGGCUGUCUUCCCGCUGACCGGCAAGUACAAGAAGACAAGAAUGGGAAACAGAUGCUUCUUUGGGAAUAACUGGGCUGAGAUCUACAGGAACUGCUGCUGGAAGGAGCACCUCUUUGAGGCCAUUGCCCUCAUGGAGAAAGCGGUGCAGGCCACGUAGAGCAGCAGAGCCCCCAGCAUGACCUGGGCUGCCCUCCGGGGGACGUGCCACCACCCCCAGCUUGCGGGUGCCCACAGGGACACGGUCAUCCUGGGCAUGUCCAGCCUGGAGCAGCUGGCACAGAACUUGGCGGCGACUAAGGAAGGGCCCCUGGAGCGCACCGUUGUGCAGGCUGGCACCUGGUUGCCCGCCAACGUCCCGACGACCUCCGCUAGGGCCAGUCCUGGCUUGAGGUGGCAGAGGGCCCCUCCUUCACGCUCAGCCUGGGCCUCACACGGCUGUAGCGAGCCUGUUUCUCCCCGCCAGUGCCAGCGCACAAGCUGGUUAUUUCCUCUACUCCCGCCAUGCUCCCGGCUGCCCUCACGCGAAAGGGCUGGGGCUGCGGUCCACUCGGCCAUUUCCUGCCGGGACAAAGCGGGCACUAGACCUGGCUGCCCAGCCCAGGAGCGAGCCUGGUGA